CUAGUUAAUACACUUAGGGACUGUUUGUUUCAGCCUCUUAAUGGUUCAGAUGUCUGAAUGGUUCAGCACUUAAUGGUUCAGACUGUUUGUUUCAGCCUCUUAAUGGUUCAGAUGUUUGAAUGGUUAAGAGAUUUGACUCUGAAGGGUUAAGUAUUAUACAGAGUCUGAAUGCUCCAAGCAAUCACUCCUUAUCUUCAAUUUCUCUCUCCCACCAUUUUACGCUUCCCAAUUCUUCAAUCCUUAUCUUCAAUUUCAACUCCUAGAUUUCCGUCGAAGAAGAAGCUGAAUUGUCAAUUACAGGCGCGGACUCCUCCUCCCAUGGUGUCUUCUACCUCUGGAUUUAUCGCCGCCGUUUUGCUCAUCGUCGUCCUCAACCAAUCCGGCAUCGUCUCCGCCGUGUAGAGGCGAGAGAUAGACUCGAUGUUGACAGCUCUGAGAAGAAACGGCCACGGUCUCUCUAUCAAAGCGAUUGUCGCCUCCGACCUCUUGUACGAUCUCGUCGGCGGCGGAGAAGCCGUUUUCACUGUCUUAGCCCCAACCGAUGCAUCUCUCUUCUAGUUCGAGAUAGUGAAUUCGGAUCUGCAUCCAAUUACACCGCUUCUCUCUUCUGCCACGCUGUCUCCUAACGCCUCUCUGUCCGCGGCUUCUUCCUGGUCCAUCUCUCCGCAAUCUCGCCGUCGAUUUUGAAUCUCAGGCAAAACUACGCCGCCGGAGGUCUCUUCCCCCACGCACUCCACCAGGCUCAUAUCCGUGGAUCUCUGUCGACGCCAGAGCGCAUCCCUAAGGAAACUUCCGUCUCAGAAGAUCCUCACUUAUGGACUUUUCAUCUGUCCAAUUCAGGUCAUGUUCAUUGUCGUGUGCUCCAUGAAAUGCAAAAUCAGAUUCAUCAUUAUCAAAUGCAAAUCUAUAAUUCUUGCAUUUGAGUUUCUGUCUUCAAUUAAAUCAGUUUUAUGACAUGAAUAUCAUUGUCAAUCUGAUUUCAUCCUCAUCAGAUUUCAUAAGAGAUUGAAUAAAUUCAAAACAUGUUCUUCAUUUUUGACUUUGCCAUCUAUGUUUCAUCUUCAUCAUAACUGAUCCUUAUUGAUCCUCUGUUCAUUAUAUUGGUUCUCAGAUUGAGUAUCCAAUUUCAUUCUCAUUCUCAUGAGUCAUGAUUGAAAUGUUUCGUUCAAUCAUUUUCCUUCACUUCUGAAAUUCAGAAGUUUCAUCAUUGUUCAGUUUCACUCAAUCGGUUUGAUUGAGUUUCACUCGUAUCGCUUCGAUCGAGUUUCUCACUUUCAUCAUCAUCCGGGUUUUGGUUGAUUUCAACAAUUGUUUUUGUCAAUUGAUUUCAUUUCAUCUUUUGAUGUUUCGUGUGAAUUCAUCAAUUGAUUUGUCAUCUCAACUUCAUCAUCGGUUGUGCAUGGUUCAUUUUUCUGUUCAUUUUGGUGAAUCAUGGCAGCCAUCAUCGGUUGUGCUUCUCAAUUUCAGAACCAAAGGCCUUCAGAUUUCUUAAGUUGCCAAGCCUGAAUUCUUGAAACUAUGAAAAGAGUUUGCUCCACUGUUAUGCAGCUUUGCAUUGACUUCAAUACCUUUGGCUCUAGCAAAUUCAAGUUCACAAAUCUCGGACCCGAUUCUCUUAACAUGGUUGAUAUCGUGAUGGGGGCUUGAGGCAUUUGGUGUAACUUUGAGGAAGAUCUGAUGGCCUCAGAUUUUAAGAAAGUGGUAUUUGACCAACUUUAUAAGAUUGCUGGCCUGCUAUUCUUGGGAGAACAUAAGAGCAAAUUCCUUGAUGUACUUGUUGAAAAGGCAGAGAAACAUCGAGCAGUAAACCAGAAGCUUGCUGUUUUGGUCAAUGGGUUUUCAUCUAUAUACACAUUGAAGUCAACACAAAUUUGAUUCAGUUGCAAGUUGAUGUUGUUCCCACCUUCAACUUGAGGGGGGGGGGGGGGGUGUUGGUGUAAUCAACCAUUAACAUUUGU